AUGAUAUAUUCAAUAGAGGCAAAAAAUAUUCAAAAUAGCGAAAUGCCAUUAGGUUUCAUAAAUUAGUAGACCUAGUUUUCAAAUCUCAUAAAUGACAAAGCUGUUUACAUAAAAUAAGAUAAUUCAAUAUAUAAAAUUAUGACUUCAAUAUAAUGGUUUAUGCAUAAUUAAGAAUAUUUAUAUCUUAUGUGUUAAAAUGAAAAAUUAGCAUUUAAGCAUUUAGAUGUUUUAACACUUUCUUUAGAUAAAAUUUGAAAUAAGUACCUACCUAUUUAAGAGCAUCUGGAAAUUUAGGUUUGUAUAUGCUAUGUAAUGUAUUUUUGAGAGUGUUUUAUUCUUUAUCUAUGAAGAAAAAGGCAUUUUAAUUAAAGGAAGAAUAUGUAGAAAACUUGGAAAAAUGCGGUGAAGAAAUUCAAUCAAACUUGGAAUCAGAUUUGAUAGAAGUGUGGACGACAGGAUUCAAUUUAAAUUAUUAAUGA